ACUUGGCCAAAAAAUAUUAAGUAGUCUAUCUUCUAAUUUUGACCUAAGUAAAUAGGUUGUGAAUUAAAUUUGAUCUAAGAUUAAAACAAAACAAUGUAACCGUUCUCGAGAAGCUUCCGUUAUACAAAAUAAAAUCAUUUACAGUAAUUCAUUUGUCAAAGGUCAAUAAUAUUGUCAACAGCUGCCAGAAAGAUAUAGGUCAGAAGGAAGCACAUUAGAAACCACAAUACCCACAAUGCACAAUAUCGCAAACAGUCACGGCGGAGACUUUUGUCUCCACCCUACGCGGUGGAGCUGCGCCCUGAUAUGCAAGCAACGCGCCGGAAGUAAGUACGCAGAAAAGCCUGUGGUCGACGACCAUCCCUAUGACUAGUAGAUCAGCAGAAGCGGUCGCACUUGUUCUUCCCGUCGUUGAGGCGAACACCGGCGUAUGAGGAUGCAGAGUCACAGCCCACAGACUGACAGCUCGGUCCCCUGGAUGUCACGCCUUUAAUAGAAGCCCGAGCCUGUUUGAAUAACGAUGGACGUCGUCUCAGCUGGCUGACAGGCGACGACCAGGAGUGUUUUUCUGUUGCUGUAUAGAAUUUGGGUUUACGGUCGUUACGGCUCUUCACUGGUCCGCCUCAGUCCGGUGCAUCUACACGCCCAUGCGACGAUGUCGGUGGAAACGACAGGCUUCGGUGUCCAGGUGAUCAGGAGUCAUUGUGCUGUGCGUCUGACCGGGAGUGCAGCAGGAUCAUGGUAAAUGCUGUCACCUCUUUACCGUCAGCGGUGCACAAGAGUUUAUUCUCCAAUGAAGGAAUCUCAUGACCAGCAACAGAGGCGACUGAACGAGGCCGCUGCGCUCACAAGGAGAUCGGGUUGUUGUGAUCAUACUGGGCUGGAUGAUGAUCCCGGUGCAUACAUAGAGAGACACCCUCGUAGAGAAACCUGCUGCCCCGUCGUUGGCUUGUUUCCGUGAGCGUUCAUCCAUCUUAUACAGGACCGGGCCUGUUGGUGAAACGCUACCGAUGAAGGCGCAAACAGACUCCUAAGUGGCCCACUGACUCUGACCGGACCGGCAUCUGUGGAUCUAGGGCGAAUAUUACUGCUCAACAAAUAUUCCAUAUUCAUGGACAUGGCAAGCGGGGGAGGUGCGUCCACAUUGGGCUGGAAUAAUAAGGACCUCCGCUUAGAAGAUUUCACUCGGCUCACACACAGACUGCUGUUUUUAUUGGCCCCAUAAAUGCUCUUUAUUUAUUUUGCCAAAAUUAAUCAGACAAUCAGUGGUGGGUUUAUUAUGAGGCGUCUCUAAUAAAGUCAGUGUACUCUGCUUUUAUGCAUAUGACAGAUAGACUGAUAAAAACUGAACACCCCAAAAUUGGAUAUUGUUGAAAAGGUCACAAUUAGUAUGACUGAGUAAUUAACAGUAGUUACAUGUCCAGGUGCUGCACACAGGAAUUAUGACUGGGCUUCAUCAGACCUGCUGCUUCACAUGAAAGACACCAUUGUGAAAGCAAUCAUUUGAGUUUGAUGGGCGGUUGAACUCACCGGUCCACCCAGCUGACCGUCUGUUUGACCUGGACCUUGAAUGAACUUGCUAUUGGGAAUUCAUGUUACUUAUACACUGCAUAGCAACACCACAGAAGCAACCAGUGAGUGGAUUUGGCACAGUUUCAGCAGAGAGAUGUUGUGAUAAGAGAGAGCAGUUGCAGCCCCCUGAUCUUCUGAUCCCUUCUCUCCCCCACUGGUGGCCGAGAACACCCCCUCUCAGUCAAUGGGCGCUGUAUGGAUUUUGCGCCUGAGUUGACAGAGGACAAACCAACAGCGUCAAAAAGCAACCACGCUGCCAUGAACCCCUACGGCAGAGUGAGCAGCACAGCAACCCCCCUCUGCACCAGCUGUGGGGGCUGCUGCUCCCCACCUCCUCCCUGCCUAAUUACACCCGGCCCUCAUUCCUCCUCCACUACCUCUUCCUCCUUUUCCCCAAUUCCCCCGAAUAUGACCCCUCCACCACCAAUGUUUCCUGCUCCAGCUGUGCAGGGCGAGAACGGCAGCAGCUGGAACUCCACCAUCUCUUUCUCUGGCUCCCCAGACUCCCAUGAGGGUCACCACUGUGGAACUAACAACCCCUACUGGACAGCAGUUUUUGACUAUGAAGCCACAGCAGAUGAGGAGCUAACACUGCGGCGUGGUGACCUGCUUGAGGUUCUCUCAAAAGACUCCAAAGUAUCUGGGGACGAGGGUUGGUGGACAGGUAAGAUCCAGGACAAGGUGGGAAUCUUUCCCAGCAACUACGUCACAAAAGGUGAUGCCACGAACUAUCAGCAGCUCACCGCAGGGGGUUUGGUGGUGGGAGGUGUUGGUGAAUGCCCCUUGGAGAUAGACUUCUCAGAACUCUUACUCGAAGAGGUUAUAGGAGCUGGUGGAUUUGGGAAAGUAUACAGAGGACUGUGGCGUAGAGAGGAAGUAGCAGUGAAGGCAGCCAGGCAGGACCCUGACGAGGAUAUCAGCGUCACCGCACAGAGUGUGCGUCAGGAGGCCAGGCUGUUCUGGAUGCUGCGGCACCCCAACAUAAUUGCACUUCGUGGAGUUUGUUUGCGUGAACCCAACUUGUGUCUAGUGAUGGAAUAUGCCAGAGGUGGGGCUUUGAACCGGGCCUUGGCUGGAAAGAAGGUGCCACCAAGGGUUCUGGUGAACUGGGCCGUCCAGAUUGCUACGGGAAUGGAUUACCUUCACAACCAGGCAUUUGUACCCAUCAUCCAUAGAGACCUCAAGUCCAGCAACAUUCUGAUCCUGGAGCCGCUGGGACGAGACAAUGUUGGUGGGAAAACCUUGAAGAUCACGGACUUCGGUCUGGCCAGAGAGUGGCACCAGACCACCAAGAUGAGUGCAGCAGGGACGUACGCAUGGAUGGCCCCAGAGGUCAUCAAGCUCUCCCUCUUCUCCAAGAGCAGCGAUGUGUGGAGUUUCGGCGUCUUACUGUGGGAGCUGCUGACUGGUGAGGUUCCUUACAGGGAGAUCGAUGCACUGGCCGUGGCCUACGGCGUCGCCAUGAACAAGCUCACACUUCCAAUCCCUUCAACCUGCCCCGAACCUUUUGCUCAGCUGCUGGGAGAGUGUUGGAGCCCCACUCCCCACAGCCGACCCUCGUUCACCAGCAUCCUGAGGCGACUGCUGGCCAUCGAGCAGUCGGCCAUGUUUCAGAUGCCUCUGGAGUCCUUUCACUCCCUACAGGAGGACUGGAGGCUGGAGAUCCAGCAGAUGUUUGAUGAGCUGAGGGCCAAGGAGAAGGAGCUCAGAUCUUGGGAGGAGGCACUGGCUCGAGCGGCCGAGGAGCAGAGGGAGCAGGAGGAGCAGCUGAGGAGACGAGAGCAGGAGCUGGCAGAGAGAGAGAUCGACAUAGUGGAGCGGGAGCUGAACAUCAUCAUCCACCAGAUGUACCAGGAGAAACCCAGUGUGAAGAAGAGGAAGGGCCACUUCAAGAAGAGCAGACUGAAGCUGGGCCGAGACAGCAACUGUAUCAGUCUGCCCUCUGGUUUCGAACAUAAAAUCACAGUGCAGGCGUCCCCCAGUGUGGACAAGAGGAAGAACCAAGGAAGUGAGAGCACGACCCCUCCUGCCAGCCCGGGGGUCAUACCCCGACUGAGAGCCAUCAGAUUGACUCCCAGUGACGGCAGUAAGACGUGGGGACGCAGCGCCGUGUGCAAGAAGGAGGAUCUGUCCACCAGCAAGAAGAAAGGACGCACCUGGGGGCCGAGCUCCACCCACCAGAGAGAGAGGGUCGGUGGGGAAGAGAAACUCAAAUCCCUGGGUGAAGGGUGUAAAGUGUGGUCGUCCAGUGCACCAAAUCUGGGCAAAUCCCCCAAACACGCUCCGAUGACUGCUGGCUUCUCCAGCCUCAAUGAAAUGGAGGAGUGCUCUGAGUUUGAGGAGUCGCCGGGGUCACUAAUGCCCUCAGAGAUCAGCAGUAACGGGGCCACAGACGACUCGGGGUCUCUGUGGAGCAGCCUGGGGCCGAGCGCGAUUCCGCCGACCAUGGGGAUGUCCAACGUGAGCUCCUGUCAGGGCCCCGGAGGCCUGGGAUCUGGAGUGAGCUACCAGGACCCGCUCCGCCGCUGUAACCAGAGGAAGAAGAGCGACAUGUGGUUUCUGGGUUGCGCGUCUCUGCUGGCGUCGGUGGCCCUGGGUCAGGAUCUGCUGCAGCAGGGGAAACUGCAGGUGCUCCAGGAUGAGCAGGACCUCAGAGAGGAGCAGCGGAAGAAGAAGGAGAGUCUCUUUCAGCGGACGGGACGAUUCCGCCGCAGCACCUCUCCGCCCAGCCGCAAUCUUUCCCUCUCCCUGUCCAGACACCACGACUCCACCCUGCCCUGCAUGGACCCGUCUCCCUCUGUCACACUCCUCUCCCUGUCCUCUCUGUCCGACUGCAACUCCACAAAGUCUCUCCUCCCCUCAGACCCCGAUGAUUACGCCCUCACCCCCAUGACGGGCCUCAAAACCCCGGUGGCUCCUGCGGCGUCGGCGCUCAACCCACUUUUAGACCUGCGGGCGGAGAGUUUCAAGAAGGAGCCCAACCAGUCGCUGACCCCCACCCACGUGUCUGCAGCCAUGGCCUUGAACAGAGGACACAGACGUACGCCGUCAGACGGGGCCAUACGACCCCGGGCGCAGACCCUGGGGCACCGCAGGACGCCGUCAGACGGGAGCAUGCCCAUGCCCCCUCCACCGGGGGCACCGCACCUCCCAACAAACAGAGGCACUCAUGACAUCACCGACAUCCCCCGGCUCCCCAACCCCUCCACCAUCUACCCAGUUCCUCACCGCCGCAAAGCCCCGGCUCCCCCCAUCCCUGAUCCAGAUCCCCACUGCCUGGUCAGCCCCCUGGAGAGACCCAAGACUCUGGAGUUCGUCCCCCGGCCGCGGCCCACCCCGGCCAGGAUGAGGGCCGACCCCUGGAAGCUGGGCUCUCUGUCUCGGACCCAGAGCUCGUCGCCGGGCAGCAGCUGCGACAGCCCACUGGGCUCAGGAGACAGCAGCGCCAGCACGGCCCGACCCAACCUGAUGGACAUGGACGUGGAGGGUCAGAAUCUGGACCCCACUGUCCCUCUGUGUGGACAGCUGCAGCCCCCCACUGUGUGUGGGCAACAGUACUUGUAGUAAAAAAAA